GAGGCGACGACGGCGUCAUCUCGCGAGACUUUGCCGACGUCACGGGAUAAUGGCUGGAGAUCGCGGAUAUUAGAAGAUAAACCCACACUCUUAAGUUACAGAGGAGGUGAAGCAGACACACUAACUGAGACUCUGACAUUGGAUUUUCACCAGCUGCAGAGAUGGCUCAUGUCACCAAUCAUGGGAAGCUGCUCCUGCAGCGCCUUCAUCAGCAGCGGGAGAUGGACUUCUUGUGCGACGUGACCAUAAUGGUGCGAGACGUGGAGUUCAGAGCCCACCGCAACAUCCUGGCAGCGUUCAGCAAGUACUUCUCCUCCCAGGCUGAAAAGGGUCAAGAGGUCACGACGCUGGACCCUGACAGGGUCAGCCGCUACGCUCUGGAGAAGCUUUUAGAGUUCAUCUACACGGGACAGAUGAACGUCAGCAGCACCAGACAGGCAGCUGUGCGACGAGCGGCUGUGUUCCUGGGAAUGACCGAGGCCACCAAGUAUCUGGAGGAAAUCCCGCACUGGUCCGAGCUGAGCGAAACGUCCCAGUCGGAGGCGGAUAAAGAAGCUGGUCUCUCUCCUCGCAGCCCGGCCUCUCCCGGCAGCCCCAGCUCACCCGUUCCUCUGUCCAUCGUCUCCGUCACAGGGGAGUGGCAGGACGAAGGCAAAGAGCAGGGUGACGAGGUCCGGUGUGUAACUGUGAAGGAGGGGGACAAGAGCGAUGAAGAGUACAGCCCCACCACUCCGAAGAGCGUUGGAAGAGGACAGGGAAGGAAGAGAGGCAGGAAGCCGAAGAGUUUCAGUGGCGAGCAGGUGGAGGCGAGCAGCUCGGCCGACGGCGCCCCCAAAGUCCAGGCCAGCAGGGGGAGGGGGAGAGGCAGGGGGAGGGGCAGGGGGAGGGGGAGAGGUGGUGGGAACAGCGAAGUUGUGGUGCUGGAAGAUUCUGACACCAGCGUGAAGGACUUCGGGGACACGUCUGCAGACUGGAGCCCCUCGCAGGAGGACGACACCCCGGCCAAGAAGCCUCGCCUGAGCAGCGGCGAGGGACGGAGAGGGCGAGGCCGGGGGAGGGGCCGAGGGAGAGGGCGAGGCAGGAGGAGGGCCGCCAAGGAGGAGGAGGAGGAGGAGGAAGAGGAGAUCAUGAGCUGGUCGGCGGCGGAAGAUUACGUGCCGGACGAAGAGGAGGGUGAGCAGGAUCCGUCAGAGAUGGACGAGCUGUCGCUGUCGUGCACCGAGUGCAACAAACUGUUUAAAGACGCGAGCAGCCUGCACCGACACGAGAAGAUCCACAAGGGCCUGAAGCCGUUCGUCUGCAUCUUCUGCUCGAAAAACUUCAGACAGGCCACCCAGCUGAAGACUCACCUGCGCAUCCACACAGGCGAGAAGCCGUUCAGUUGCUCCGACUGUGACAAGUGUUUCGCUCAGAAGUGUCAGCUGGUCGCUCACCGCCGAAUGCACCACGGGGAGGAGAAGCCUUACACCUGCGAGCGCUGCGGCUUCAAGUUCGCCACCUCGUCCAACUAUAAAAUACACAUCAGACUGCACAGCGGGGAAAAGCCGUACGUCUGCGACAUCUGCGGCCAGGCGUUCGCCCAGUCCAGCACGCUGACCUAUCACAAGCGCCGACACACCGGGGAGAAACCGUACCAGUGCGACCUGUGCGGCAUGUCGUUCUCCGUCUCCUCCUCGCUCAUCGCACACGCGCGGAAACACACAGGAGAGACUCCGUACAAAUGUACACAGACGCAAUGUGACGCAAGUUUCGUGACGUCGUCCGAACUGAAGAAACACAUGAGGCGACUUCACCCGGACGGGAACACCGGCGUGCAGUGUCUGCUGUGUGGAAACCGGUUCGCCAGCGUGAAGAACAUGAUCAAACACCAGGAGAAGGCUCACGCCGACGAAGUGCGGCAACACAAGGAGCGAGCACGAGCAGUCGUCCUCCUGGCGUCCAGUCAUCCCGUGGCGUUUGUCCAGAGCAAACUCACGCAGGAAAACAAAGGUAUGGCUUCCAUCCCCGAAGGCGAGCCACCCAACCCCGAGCCGGCCACCCCCAACCCCAAAGCCACAGCGCCCGCCGCAGACGGCGACACCGCUGAAAUCAUCGAAACCACCAUCCAGAGCCCCGCCCCGCCCGUCGACGCCCCCGCCGAACAGGUGACCUUCGAACCCGACCAGGAGCAGACCAUCAACUCGGACACCCUCCACGCUCUGGUGGAGCAGCUGCGGCCGCCGCCCUCGCCCGCCCAGAGCCUGGAGCAGAUCGUCAUCAUCAGGACGGUGGACAACGGCGAGCACAACCCUCCUCAGCAGUGAGGCCCGAGCCGCAGUCGGCGCUCCGGCUUACAGCUACGGAAAAUACACAUCAGUGGACGUUUGGUCGUCUGUGAGCGAAAUCUGUUAAAUCAUUUCGUAGUUUUAUCCAUUAUUUAUAUCGGUAAUAAGAACAUUUACUAACCAGGAGCUGAGAUCAAUCCAGUCAGAUGAUCAGACAGCAAACCCGCUGCUCAGGAGGUGAAAGUUAAACCUGUAAACAUCCGACACGACUGCCAGAUUCAGCUUUGACCUCCCAACUAACUGAUGUUGUGUGUCGACAGUUUUCCUUCGCGCUGAGGGAUUAAUACCAACAUCUCCCGCGCUCACUGUCAGUUCGUGCUUUAGAUCGUCCGGGUGGUUUACGAUCCGUCUGAUUGUCUGACUGUUCGUGUGUGUGUGUGACUCUUUUACUACUGCAGGAAUUUAAAACUUGACUUCAUCUGCCGUAGCUCCUGGCUGCUCGAGUGUCCGUAGACGUGGCGUGUUAACCAUCGGGAGGGGGUGGAACUCGUCGUAGGAAGCGAUUCACGUCAGUCAAACACAAAUUUCGAGGCUGCUGCUGCGGCAACCUGUGCGCAGAACAUCCGUUCAAACUAGGGACGCACCGAUCCGAGUCUUUCAGUCCUGGUCCAGAUACCUGGACUGAUGCUGAGUACUGAUCCGAUACCAGCGUGAAACUGUGAGGACGAGACUGGGAAGCAUUUUGUUAUGUGGAAGGAAACAUCAGGCACGACUUAAAGCUUCCUAACUUUCUAAAACAAAAUGCUAAGUUAGCUUCUCUAGCAAAGUGUUCCAGUCUGGGCUGGCGAGUUCGGUUUUGAAAAGAUCGACCUCUUGUCACUGAUAUCCAGCUAUUUGAGUCGGUAUCGGCUCGAUAUCUGUAUCAGUGCAUCUCUAAUUCACUGAUGCAGCUAAACAGCAGUGAUGAUUUUACCUUGUGUCUGACGUUGGUAGGGAUGCACUGAUCCAGCACGCUGAAGACCGGGACAAUAGAAACCUCUUGUCAUUGAGAUGUCAUUAAAGUAAAUCUAGUAGCAGUUAGAAUCAUUUAUGGCCUCAGACUAAACGUUUUACUGCCACGGCGUCGCUGUAGGCGUCGCCUACAAGUUGCUGACAUUUACAGGUUACGUCCCUCAAACUGCAAAGGCAUCAGCUGAUUUUUAGGGAUCAGAAGAAGUCUGAUCAGCGCUUCACUAAACUUCGACCAGAAGAGACAAAUGUCCUUAAAUACGCGUCUUCAUUUAGAGUCCGUGUGUCUUUUCAUCGGUCGGCUCACUCUGAAUAUAGUGCGCAGGUGCGUCGCACGCAUUUUGCUAAUGAGUUUCAAACUUCACCAGCUGCUUAAAUUCACCUAUUUUACCAAAAACACUCGAGACGAAUCUUUCGUCUGAGGCUGAAGCUACUUUUUGGAUGAGAAAUCAAUGUGUCAGACCUGGAUGUGGAUUUAAAAAGAAAAACAGCCAGUACAACUCUUGUUUUAAUAGAUAAUGUAGUUAAUAGGAGGCUUGUUGAGAUUUAAUUGAUCAUAAACGAUGUGAUGGUGGCUUUAUUAAUGUGAACAGCCCUGUUAAUGAAAACAAAGGUUUCUGUUUCUGUGUAAUAUAGUUCAUUUUUUAAAGCCGCUGUUUUAGGUCUUAGCAUUAAUGUGUUUGUGCUUCAAGUAAAAAAAAACACUGCAUUAUAUUCAGUAUUUUUACCAACUUGAAAGUUUUUUUUUUUUUUCUGUUUCAUGCUUCUUUUAUUGUCUUUCUUUGUUUUUUAUUUUGGACAUACAUAACAUCUGUGUUACUUGUACAGAAAUGUGAAUUACAUAUACAAGUUCGCUCCUGUAUAAAACGUGUACGACAGUAAAAAUAAAAAUUAAAGACAAAAAGGGACAAUCA